AAACGGUCCGUUGCUAUAUUAAAACAUGGUGGAUCAGGGGCCCAAUGCAUAAUUGAACGGUCAGAUUGCCAUCAUUGAGAAAUCGGGAGUAAAAUAUGAAGUUUUUUAGGAUAUGCGUAUAGAUGAAUCAGGGAAGCGCACUAUUUCCAAAUCAAGAUCACUUCAAACACAAGGAAGUUCCUCUGCAACCCUCCCCUCCCUCUUCUUCUUGGUUUUCUCAAGUGGCAACGCAUAUGGGAUUCUGAAACGAAAACUCUUUAGAGCCACACUCCCUGUUUGUUUGUUUGAGCUGAAACCUCAUUUUCAGAUCUCUCCUCCAAUGGCUAAAACCAGAAACCCGAGAGAAGUCAUUAAGGAAAUCCGUACAAAGCAAGACCAGGUACCCCAAAAAUCAGAGAAACCUCCUUCUUGGGCGGUUGUGAGAAGCCUUUUGACCUGCAAACAUCUCCAGACUCAGCCACAGCAGCAAAAGCAAGAAGAAGGGCAACAACAGAAGCAACGGCGAGAACAAACCGUGGAGGGAAGCGGCAAAAAGUGCAAGAAAAUGAAGUGUUCUGGUUCACUGUGUAGCAACACAAAGGUCAUGCACAGGCCUGAAAUGUCUUCCCCUGAAGACCACAAGAAAAGGCCUUCGAUGGCUUCAUCCAACAAUGACGGUUCCAGCAGAUCCAUGAAAGCUCCUCUAAGUGAACUCAAUGGGGUUGUUUCUUCCACUUCUUCCUCAUUGUCUAUUUCUGCGUCUUCUAACUCUUCUGUUGGUGGGUCCUUUAGAGGAAUGCCUUUCAGGAGACUAUCUGGGUGCUAUGAGUGCAGAAUGGUGGUUGACCCUGUUCUUGGAAUCACUAGAGACCCUUCAUUGAGAACCACCAUCUGUUCUUGUCCUGAUUGUGGUGAAAUCUUCAUGAAAGCUGAAAAUUUGGAGCUUCAUCAGGCCGUCAGACACGCCGUGUCCGAACUGGGCCCAGAAGACACAAGCAAGAACAUAGUGGAAAUCAUAUUCCAAUCGAGCUGGCUAAAGAAACAAGCGCCAGUCUGCAAAAUCGACCGCAUUCUCAAAGUCCACAACACCCCCAAAACUAUAUCCAAAUUCGAAGAAUACAGAGACUCCAUUAAAACCAAAGCCACCAAGCUCCAAAAGAAACACCCACGCUGCGUGGCAGACGGCAAUGAACUCCUCCGCUUCCACUGCACCACUUUCGUCUGCUCCAUCGGCCUCAACGGUUCCUCCAAUCUCUGCAACUCAAUUCCAAGCUGCAGUAUCUGCAGUAUCAUCAAGAACGGUUUCAAGGUGGCCGGAGGGGUUCCCGGAAAAGGGAUUCUGACCACAGCCACCAGCGGAAAAGCCCAUGACAGUUCUAGAAUGUCGUUGCCGGAUGAUAAUGAGAAGAGGGCCAUGCUGGUUUGCCGAGUGAUAGCUGGGAGGGUGAAGAAGAGUGCAACUCAGUUGGAGGGAGGAGUCUGUACGGAGGAGUUUGACUCAGUGGCUGGGGUUGGUGGGGUCUACUCUAAUUUGGAUGAGCUAUAUGUGUCUAAUCCUAAGGCUAUUUUGCCUUGCUUUGUUGUUAUCUACACAGAGUCUUAGUGGGUUUGACCCUUGACCCAACUAUCAGACUCUUGCUUUUGUUUGGUUAGCUUUACAUUUUCAUUGACCAAGAAACGAAAACCUUCGAUUUUGUUGUUGAUUGUGUAAUCUUUUGUGGAGGGCGAUAGCCACAUUCG